AUGGAGAGGUCCAUGUUCGAGCUGAACGACCGCGGGGAGAUGCCCUUCCACAACGCGGUGAAGUGCGCCAUUGCGACCCUUACGGAUAAGAUCAUCUCCAGCGAAAACGAUUUGGUGGGCGUGUGCUUUUAUGGCACGGAGAAGAAGAACAAUCCCAACGACUUUGAAGGGAUCUACGUGCUGCAGGAGCUGGACGUGCCUGAUGCACAGCGCAUCAUGGACCUUGAAGGCCUUCUACCCGCCGGGCAUCCGAUCGGCUCGCUGACCCUCGCCGUGGGGGACGAUUUUACCCCCUUUGGACACUGCAGCGCCGACUUCCCAUUCUGUGACGCUCUGUGGACGUGUUCUACAAUGUUCUCCAACUGCGCGGUCAAGGUGGGCCACAAGCGCAUCUUUUUGUUCACCAACGAGGACGACCCCAACGCGGCCAAUAAGAACUUGCGCGAGCAGAGCUUCCAGAGAGCCAAGAAUAUCAUCUCCGUCAGCGAGGAUGAAGAUACGGGCACCAUCAACUUUGACGCCAGCUCCAAAUUUGAGGAGCUCCGUGCGCGAGUGCGCCGAAAGGAGUUCAAGAAGAGGGCCAUCAACCGAUUGUCUCUCCUUUUCGGCGAGGACGUCGAGAUAUCGCGCCGCGGUGGAGAAGCCGAGUUCGACGUUGUCGCGGAGAUCCUUGACCCGGCCCACCCGUGUCGGUGCAUGCGGGAUCCCGCAAAGACGCCUGCCUCCCAAUAUGUUCUUCACCCCUUGCUAAAGGUGGCGGCGGCGGCGGCGGCGGCGGCGGGAACGUUGCUGAUGGACUCACAAAUCAAGUACGCCUUCCCUUUCGGUGGCGCCAAAGUGGUGUUCGACAAAGAGGAGGCCCUCCAAGUCAAGUCUUUCGACAAGAAGGCGUUGCGACUGGUGGGGUUCAAGCCGCGUUCGGCGGUCAAGCCGCAUUUGAACCUGUCCCACUCGAGUUUCAUCUACCCCGACGAACAGCAAGUGCAAGGCAGCACGGUGGCCUUUGCAGCGCUGCUGGACAGGCUGUUGGCCUCCGAUAAGGUGGGCAUCUGUCUGUGGACCCGGCGCACCAACACGCCCCCUCGGUUUGUCGCCCUCGUGCCGCAGGAAGAAGAAGUAGACGACGACGGGCUGCAGGUCAAUCCCCCUGGCUUCCACCUGGUCCCGCUGCCCUUCUCCGACGACAUCAGGGAGAUCCAUACCGAGCCGCAGCCACCGGUGUCGCCCGAGCAAGUGAUCAAGGCCAAGAAGCUCGUCAAGGCCCUUCGCAUCAACUUUGAUAGCCGAAGCUUUGAAAACCCCUCACUGCAGAGGCACUACGCCAACCUGCAGGCGCUGGCGCUUGACCGGGACACGGUGGAGGAAACUCCCGACUACCUGCUUCCCGAUACCGAGGGAAUGGAAAACUUCGCUGCGUUGAUCAACGAUUUCAAGGACGCCGUCUUCCCCUCGGACUACGAGGAGCUGAGGGCAACCAAGGGAAAGAAGAGCAGCGGCAGCAAACGCAAGAGGGAACCCUCGGACGACAACGAGGACACUGCUGCGGAGGGCGACAGCGAGCGGCCAGCGAAGAAGUCCUCUGUUCUCGUCGACGCUGCGUACGUCGAGGAGCUCCGCCAAGCAGACAGCGUACGUUGGACGCCCGUCUCCUUCCUAGUCCUCCUCCGACGCCGGCCUUGGCCUCGCCAAUCACCCCUCCUCCUCUUCCUCCUCCUCCUCCUCCUGGGUGUCGAGGAGGAGGAGGAGGAGGAGAAACAUUGCGCUCACCAUGGCUUGAGCAAGCUCACGGUGCCGCAGCUCAAGUCCUUCCUCCAGCAGUGUGGCCUUGCCGUAUCGGCCAAAUUACGGAAGCCUCAGCUGCUGGAGCUCCUCCAGGACCACUGCCUGGCAGCCCAGCACCAGCAGGCAGCCAACAAGGACGAACCAACAGCCGAAUGA